UUUAAAACACGACGCAAACAGUUUGGAGCCAUUUGUUCAUGAUAUAAAGUACAUAACGGAUGGAAGCGCGAACCAUGUCAGAUCACGAGCAAAUACUCACCAAACUACUGAACAAGAUAGUCACAGAGCUGGCGCUCGUCACCCCUCGAGUGAAGAUACAGCCCAUCAGCAGCGGUGGAGCCAACUUCACUUCUCAGUUGUUCCAGGCGACCAUCAGUCACGGAGAUAAUGAGCUGAAACUGUUCGCGAAAGUUGCAGCCAUUGGAGAAAAAUUCAGGCAAGAACUUGCAGGUUUCCAAAUAUUUGAAACAGAAAACAAUUUUUACACAAAGCUCAUGAAAAUUUACGAAGACCUUCAAGAGAAGCACAACGUGCCGCAAGACAAGCGGUUUGUAGCGCCGAAGUGUUACGGAUGCAGCAGCAAGCUGUAUGAAGAAGUGCUCGUGUUGGAGGACUUGUCGGCACAAGGGUUCACAGUGUACGACAGGAUGAAGUCGGUGGAUUGGGACUACGCCUCCAAGGCUGUGGAAGAAAUCGCCAAGUUCCACGCUCUGUCUGUCGCAUUUGAGAACGAAAACAAGGAAGAAUUUAAUAAAUACUUGGAAUCUUUAACAUACUCAUUGGAUAUAGAGAAUAUUCCAAAUUUAACCGAUAACGUUAACAAGGGAGUUAGGUUUGUUAAGGAAGAAAACAGAAAUAGAGUAGAAGCAUUCGUAGCAUCCUUUGGGAAGUUGAAUUACAAUGAUAUGUUGAAACCGAUAAAACUCAACGUACUGGCGCAUUGCGACAACAGAGUCAGCAACCAAAUGUACAGGGUAAACGAGGAUGGAAGGGUGGAGCUAAAAAUUGUAGACUAUCAGGGCAUUUGGAGAGGGUCCCCGGCCUGCGAUCUGCUGUACUUUAUCUUCUCCGGCACCGACAAGAAGUUCCGCGACCAGUACUACGAACAGCUCCUGGACCACUACUACAAGGAGCUCAGUCUAGCCAUGAAGAGACUGGCUCUUAACCCUGAUGAGAUCUAUUCGAGGGAGGACUUCGACUUUGAAUACAAAACGAAACUUCCAUACGGGUUGGCCUUGGCGUUGAUGAUGUUGCCGCUGGUCACCGCAGACGAGGAGAACGUCCCCAAAAUGGACAAGGACUUGAGCAUGCUCAGCUUCUCGGUGAAUAACACCAGCGAUAUCCUUCGCGAAAGAAUUAACGAGGUUGUCGACGAUUUUAUACGCUGGGGACUUGUGUAAAAACACAUUAUAUCGAGGAUCGCCAGAUGUUACCGGUGACGCUAGGUGGCGUCACGGGCGUAAAUAUGUAUAAGUGCAGCGCGCUCAGAUUCUCAGCAUGUCUGGGAGUCCUCUAGAAACGGGAAUUAGAACACGUAUUUUUUUUGUGAGUACUACUAUAGGUACUAUAUUUAAAAAAAUAGAUAAUCGUAGUACGGAUAAAUUUUUAUGACGAUAAAUCGGCUUAACUAGUCCGCUGUAUUGGGCAGUCCGCGAUAUUGGAUUUAGAGUAAUGACAUUUUUUUUAUAUACUUCUCGGCAAACUCUUUCAUUUGAUACCGCUACCAUGGGCUUGCACAAAAAGUGACUAGACAAUCACCUUGGACCGUCCGCCAUAUUGAUGUAGAAUAACGUCAGUUAGCUAAUCAUGCAUUCUCAUCCAAACUAAACGUGUAUGCAGAAUUUCUUUUCAAUCCAUGGAAGAUAUCUGGUGUAAAAUUCUCAGACCCGUAGUAUUAACUUGUAAAAUACAUACUUACAUUAUAUUAAAGUAAAACAAUUAUAAAUAUUCACAAAAAUUG